AUUGCAGCGUGUGUUUUAUUUACAACGUGCGUGUGUGACUUUUAGUUGUAAAAUUUACUAUUUCUACAUUUUUGUCUGCAUUUGAAGUUCCCAAGUUCAUGUGGCUGCAUUAUAGCCAAUCUAUGUGCUGUAAAACCUCGUAGCUAUGUCUCGAUUUACAGUAUUCGGAAUCUAUGUUGGAAAUACAAGCGCCAGCAUCGCCAUCUGCAAAGAGGAUGGCAAAGUGGAAGUUUUGGCAAAUGCUGCUGGUGAAAGAUCAACGCCAGCUGUUGUUGCUGUCACUGAAAAAGAACAGAUUGUUGGAAAUGCUGCCAAGUCCAGCAUGAUAACUCAAACAAAUGCUGGCACAAUAAUUACGAACAAUAAGCUGUUAAUGGAUCUUAGUCUGGAUGAAAGCGAUCUGGAGUCAAUCAUUGCAAAGAAUCCAUGCACAAUUAUACAGAAAUCCAACCACGUUGCAUAUGAAAUUAAUUUUGGAAAUAAAACAAAAACAUUUACACCCGCAAUGAUUAACACCAGUAUUUACUCUCUUCUGUACAACAUAGCAAAAAGUGCAAUUCACGGAGAGUGCGAUGAAAUAUGUUGUGUACUAGUUGUUCCCACCUACUAUUCUGCUGAAAGUCGUCAGUAUAUCAAACAAUCUGCUGUAGAAGCUGGGUGGAAAGUACUGCAGAUUGUGAAUCAGCCAAGUGUGGCACCACUAGCGUAUCACUCUUUCAAAGAAGCCUCUCCGGAAACUAAGUAUAUCUGUGUGUAUCGUGUUGGUGGUGUGAGUUGUGAUGCUGCUAUCCUACGGCUGAGAAAUGGUUUUAUUCAGAUUUUAGCCUCGGAAACCAACUUUGAUAUAGGAGGUCAUGAGCUGGUUUCUAAACUAAUCCAAUGUUUUUGUGAAGAAAUGAAAAGGAAGUACAAAGUCGAUCCAAACGAAAGCAAGCGAUCAAUCAGGAAGUUGCGUUCAGCAGCAGAAACAUGUAUCAAAGUAUUGUCUACCCUCAGCUCCGCAAGUGUCUCUGUAGACUCUUUAUUUGAAGGAAUAGAUUUCAAUUACCAAAUGUCUAGAGCUAGGUUUGAAUCUCUUAUCCCAUCGUUGUUUGGUCCCUUAGAUGCGCCAAUCAAUGAUGCUUUGCAGUCAGCACAAUUGCAGGCCACAGAUAUCAAUGAGGUCAUAUUAUGUGGAGAACCGCUGAAAACUCCAAGAUUACAAUCUCACGUUAAAAGCCUCUUCCCGAAUGCGGAAGUGCUAUCCUCUAUUAAUCCAGACGAAGUUCUAGCCCGAGGUGCUGCACGUCAGGCUGGAUUUAUCACUGAGUUUUGCGAUCUUCAUAAGUCAAUACCAGAGCCUGUAACGGACGUUACGUUCAUUACGGAACCAAUCACAGUUCAGAUUCAGAGUUCAAACAACGAGGAAAUAGUUUUUGAAAAAUUUUCAUCGCUGCCUAUUUCCAAAACUGUUCACCUUAAAGAUAACAAAUCUGAAAUAAUAGUCACUGCUGCCCAGUCUUGCUCUGCUGAAUCUAAACUGAACGGAAAGGUCACUAUACCUAGCUCUAAAGAUUCUUCUGAUCUAUACUUAGACGUCGAGAUCAAUGCAGAACAAGCCAUAGAGAUUCACUUGCUAAAUAAAGAAAUGGAAGAAUUACAAAUGUACACAAUGGAUUUAGUUGCAGUCCCAGCAUCUUGACGAAGUUUGAUGUUUACCCUUAAUUAUUUUAUUUAUUAAAUUCUGUUACCUAAUUUUCGCUUCAAAUCUGUGGAUAAGUUUUAAUACUGACAUCAUAGAACACUCAAAAACUAACUAUUUUUUUUUUUUUUAAUAAUCUAUGUGUGAAAUGCAACAGUACACUCUUGCCAUUUUGACCAUUUUCUCUUGAAUCUUCACUCGGUCAAAUAAUUAUUUCACUGUAUCAAAUGUUAUGCUCUAACAAUUAUGUCCUUGUGCCAAAAAAAUACCUUAUAAAUAAAUUUUUUGGCAAAUACUUCAUCGAACAAAAAUCAAUAUAGAAUCAUUCAAUCGGUUUUUUUUUUAGAAGAAAAAAAGAAAAGCAAUGUAGUAAAUAUGCCACAUUGCACUUUUGCAGCAUUUUACAUACAUAGUUUUGCCUUUCAUGCCAUCAGAGAAAAGGCUUAUACUGAGAACUCUGUUUCUAUCUUCAUUCAUUAUCAUUGUGUCGUUCGUGCUACUUCCUGGCUGUGCCGCAUUCUAGAUAAUUUAUUGGUGGACCUGCAUGUAGCCUGAAUUUCCACUUGCAAUGAGUUAAAACUUGCUGAAAUGGGCUGUGGGUAGCAUUGACGGAAUAUAGUUGACUUGACAAGUUAAAACUGAUUAAGCAUAAUUUCAUAACUCAAAAUUUACCUCUUUUUUUUUGUGAAAGAUCAUAAAUUCAAUAAUUGAUAUAAAAAAUAAUAGUUUACGUUCCCGUUAUAGUAUCCUGUUUUGGUAAUUUUACUAAUGUCCUCUAUAGAAGUGAUCUAAUUUGUUCCAUAAUGAUUACGUUUAACCCUUUAAUGUAAUUAUUUGACUUAUUACAGAUUUGUGAUGACA